AUGGAAGAAUAAAAGAUCAAUCUCAUAAAUAUAGCAUAGCCUUAAAUUCCAACUAUUUUUACAUGUACCAAAAGUACACUUAUUGUUGAUUUACAUUAAUAUAUUAUUAACAAUUAUGGUAAUGGGAAAAUUGACAUAUAUUUUACAAAAAAUUAACCUUUCUCAGGUAAUUUAAAUUUAUAUUUAUAAAAACAACUAAAAGGAACUUCAGUAUAUUAUAACAUUGAUUUAUCAUAAAAAUCAAUACAUUCAUCAUACGGGAAAACUAUUUAAGGUAAUUAAAACUAUCUAUAUAAUAAGGAAAAGAACAACAGUCACAAUCUAAAUCUGUUUUUACACCUUAAUAUUCUAAUUUAGUUGACUAAAUAUGUUAAACUGAUGAAAUAUUAUUAUCAAUCAAUUAAAGUAAAUAAAUGUAAUAUAUUAUAAUUAAAUUAGGAAUCAAGACUAGAAUUUAUAAUAAAUUGAAUCAUAAUAAUAACAAAUUUAAGAAUUAAAGGCUAAAUUAGAUGAAAAAGAUGAAUAAAUGAGAGUUGUUAUAAAAGACCACUAUAUUUAAUAAAAAGACUUACAGAGUUAGCUUUUAAAGAGUGAGGAACUCAUCUAAAAGUAAAUUGGUUAAAUUAAUACUUUGGAAUAUUAAUUAAAGUUAAAAUAGAAUUAAAGAUAACUAGAUUAAUAAUAAAUAGAUACUUUAUAAAAUAAAAUAGAAGAACUUAAGACUGAAAACUAGGCUAAAAAUGAAUAAAUUAAUUAAUUAAUUAAAUAAAAUGAUACUACUUUAUAAAAGAAAGUAGAUACAGACGAAGUUUAAUAAGAAUUAAUAUUACCAUAAAACAAACCAGAUUUAUUUGAAUUUAAUGAUCAAGAGACUGUUGAAACUUAUGCAAAUAAAUGUGGACAUAGCAUAGAAAAGAAUAUAUUAGAAUAAUUAUUAGGUAAAGCAAUAAAGAAUAAAGAGAUUGCAAAAUGUUAAAUUUGCUAUUCUCAUUUUUCAUCUAAACUUUGUAACGAAAUUGGUACUAUAGGUAAAAAUUACUUAUAAAUGAAAUCCGGUAUAGAAUUACCAAACAUAUAUAAGAGUUGUUAGGCAAUUAAAAAUUCACAUUUAAAUUUGAUAUCUUGUGAAAACACUAAUUGUAAGUUUUUUUGUUUUUGGAAAAUAACUCAUCAAAAAUAAUAUGAUGAUGAUUAUAGUUUUUGUCCUUGUUGCUUAACAUAAUCUGUUAGGAAUCCAAAAGGAGCAUUAUUCUAUACUCAUACUUGA